CCGGUCGCUAUCCCUUUUCUUCCUGCUCGAUCCUGCUGCCAUUUUCGUUUAUCUUAUGUUUUCGUGCCGGUGUCGCCAUAGGCAAACAAAGGUAUAACGAGACGAUAUCAUUGCGGAAACGGCGUCGUCGUCGUCGUCGUCGUCGCCGCCGCCGCCGCCACCGCCGCCGCCGCUGCCGCUCCGUCUGUUUUAUUCAAUCAACAAGUUGAAUAACAAACAAACAAAAUGUUUCGAGACCCGCGAGAAAGAAGAAGAAAUUUAUUGAACGAUUAACGAAUCAAGGGCAAACAAUACCAGCGCGGCGGGGAAUGGAACUUAUUGAAAAUAAUUAUAAACGACCUGCCUUAUAUAUAUAUGGGGGUAAACGAAAAUAUUUUCAAGAGGCUCAAAAUAACCUGUCAAUUGAUUUCAUAAAAUUUUUUCUUUCUCCUCCGCCGCGGGUAUACAUAUUUAUUGCCGCUAUUGUAAUUCGAUUAGUAUUGCUUGUACACAUUAAUGUGAUCGUAUACACGCGGAUUAACAAUAUAUAUUAUUAUAAAAAUAUGGAGAAUCGCAUAUUGGAAUGAUAAUAGGUUAAUAAAGGGAGGAAGGAGAGAUUGGGUGAAAAUCAAGUUUUAAGCCUGUCUCGCCGAGAUGUUGAAAUGAUUCCGUCGCGAUUACGACGAAAGAAAGAAAGAAAAACAUUUGAAAUAAGCAAUUGACGAAUGGUCGUUGGAAUUGCUAGAGAAAUGAAGGUCGUUUCUUAACGUCAACACUCGUUCGCGUUCCGACGUAUGUGCGGCAUGAGCGCUGCAAACUCUGUAAUAACAAGCGUUAAAACCGUUAAAAGAGCACAAUUUUACAUGAAACGUCGUCGACGAAUGGAAAAACGAGGAAUGUGAAAUUUGAUGAAAUCAAAGGUCACAAAGAUUCGCGGGAAAUUUAUUCUCGCGGAGAUAACAUUUAAUAAAAAAUUUAAAUCCCUGCUCCGAGUGCUGGAUAUAAAGCGUAUAUAAUGAUUAAAACCAAUGUAAAACGUGUGUGAAUUUUUUAAUCUGAGUGUUCCUUGAGCCCAAUUUUGGCUAUGAAAAAAAAGUGAUAUUUUUGCCGAAUAUGUUGUUUGUAUACCGCAACCUCGGCCUUCUGUCCGUAUAUGAUAUGAAAGUUUCUUCGAGUGAAAAAUGAGUUCUGCAUAUUUUUUAUUGAAACGCUCGUCAUAAUCACAAAACGAUUCGAAUUGGCCGACUUUCCGUUGGGCGGAUCCCGUCCAUCCCUCAUCAAUCGCGAUGAUAGCGAGAAAGCUUUAUCCGCUGAUAGGACUGUUUCUUGUAAUUAUCGACGCUUACGAGAAUCCCCUUGGAAAGGAUUACGAAGAGGAUGGUACGAGGCUGAUACGAAUCGAUGGUGACGUCAUAUUUGGUGGAAUAUUCCCGAUGCACGAGCAAAUUGCUGCAUUUCGGGGUGGAUCGCCCUGUGGCGCGGUAAAAGAAGAAAAAGGGGUGCAGCGUCUCGAAGCCAUGCUCUUUGCCAUAGACGAGAUCAACAAGGACGACAAACUUUUGCCAAAUACUACACUUGGUGCUCUGAUUCUUGACUCUUGCAGUAGCGACACGUACGCCCUCGAUCAGUGCAUGGAAUUCGUACGAUCGUACAUGAAUCAGGACAUGUCGGAGUACAAAUGCGAGAAUGGAAAAUCACCGGAAUACGUACCGCAUAAAUCGGUAACCGGAGUUAUCGGUGCCUCGUUCAGCGUCGUUUCCAUCAUGGUGGCAAAUAUCCUGCGGCUCUUCAAGAUCCCGCAACUGAGUUACGCAUCGACGAGUACGGAACUUUCGGAGAAGAGCCGUUUCGAGUAUUUCAGCCGAGUAGUCCCACCGGAUAAUUUUCAGGCACAAGCGAUGGUCGAGGUGAUACGACAGUUGGGUUGGAAAUAUGUCUCUACCGUCGCGGUCGAAGGUGAUUACGGUGAAAAGGGAAUUGCGAGUUUCAUUGCUCUUUCGUCGGAUUACAACAUAUGCGUUGCUGUCAGCGAGAAAAUUCUCAGAAAUUCGAAACUCGAGGAUUUUGACCGUAUCGUUGAGAGACUCGGGACGAAGCACAACGCGAGAGGCGUUGUACUCUUUGUUGACGAGGAUAACGUUAGAAAACUUCUUCAAGCCACCGUGCGAGCAAACCGUACCGGCCACUUUAUGUGGGUUGGAAGUGAUUCUUGGGGCGCAAAGGUUCAUCCCGUGAGAGAACAGGAAUUUGCUGCGGAAGGUGCCAUCACUAUACUGCCAUUUCGAAAUACUCUUCGAGAUUUCGACGAGUAUUAUCUGAGCCUUCGGCCACGAAUGGAAAACGAGUGUAACGGACAAGCUCAUAAGAAUGUUCCGCAUCCCGUGCAUCCGGGAAAAAUGAUCAAUUGCCGGAACGUUUGGUUCCAGGAAUUUUGGGCGCAACAUCACAAAUGUAGCUUCGGUCCGAAUUCCCAGCCAGGAAUUAAACGAUGCACCGGAGAUGAGAAGCUCUCCGAAUACGAUCAAGAAGGACUUGUACCUUUUGUCGUCGAUGCAGUGUACGCGAUGGCGCACGGUGUACACAAUCUUAUCGAAGACGAAUGUGUCAAAGGGACAAAUACGUCACAUCACUUGUGCGAAUCGUUGAGCCCAGCCCCACCGGGACCUCAUCUUCUUCAGUACAUUCGGAACGUCACUUUCGUUGGACGGCAAGGAACGGAAAUUAGGUUCAACUCGGACGGCGAUGCUUUUGGAUUCUACAACAUUUAUCAGUAUCAGAGAAACGAGGACGGUCGUUUCGAUUACAUGCUCAUUGGUUCAUGGAAGGAAAUAUUGUCUCUCAACAUAAAUAAGACCCGAUGGACCAACGGACCAGGCGUUACCAAUAUACCUCGUAGCGCGUGCAGCGAUAAUUGCCCCCUUGGUCACGUACGCAACUUUCAGGAAGCCUGCUGCUGGAGCUGCGUAGCCUGUCGAGAGGACGCAUACGUUUUCAACGACACAUGUCGAAGCUGCGAUCCCGGAUGGGCGCCGGAUCCGACGAAAACUCGUUGCGUCAAACUCUCAGCCGAGGUCAUAGCCUGGGACAGUCCCUGGGCGAUUGUACCUUUGGUUUUCGCAUCGAUAGGAAUUCUCGGCACUCUCUUCACUUUCGUCAUCUUCCUCCGCUUCAAUCGUACACCGGUGAUAAUGGCUUCGGGACGUGAAUUAUGUUACGUCCUAUUGGUUGGCAUUUUAUCCUGUUACGGGAUGAGCUUUCUCAUACUGAGCGAACCAACAACUUGGAACUGCGCUUAUCUUCGCAUCGGUCUCGGCCUCUGUUUGAGUAUAUGCUACAGUGCUAUACUCACUAAAACCAAUCGUAUAUCCAGAAUCUUCAAUCAGGGCAAAAAGUGUGUCAAGAGACCUUCGUACACGUCACCGGAGAGCCAAAUUGCGAUCGCUAUUGGAAUAACAGCGGUCCAAUUCAUCGGUGCAAUCGUAUGGCUCGUCAUUGAACCACCGGACACUAAAGAAAUUUAUCCUUAUCCUCUAACGGCGGUGCUCACCUGUCGCGUUUCGACAUUUUCACUCAUGAUGUCACUCGUAUACAACAUGGUACUCAUACUCAUGUGCACGCUUUAUGCCUUCAAGACUCGAAAAAUGCCCGCGAAUUUUAACGAGGCUAAAUACAUCGGAUUCACCAUGUACUCGACUUGCAUUGUCUGGUUGGCUUUCGUUCCUAUUUACUUUGGAACGAACAACGACUACAAGAUUCAGAUAGCCAGCAUGUGUAUGUGCAUCAAUAUUUCGGCUACGGUCGCUCUCGGAUGCCUCUUCACACCAAAGGUUUAUCUAGUUCUGUUUCAACCGGAAAAAAACAUAAGGCCUCCUCAUCCGAAUACGGGCGGUCCCGGGGCAGCGGGAGCGAUAGCCGGUACGGGGCGUGAGUGUUCAACCUCUCAGCGCCCGGGAGCGUACAGUAUGCGAUUCACAGGACCUCGGAGUCAAACGAUGCAGAGCGUAACGUCGUUUUCGCGAAGCAGCCCAACUCGACAGAGUCAAGCGGGCUCGAGUAAGCCGGUUAACGGUGAGCAGCAGCCGUUGUCCGACGCACAAUCGGACAGUCCAUCGAUUUGCGACAAAUCCAUAAUGUAGAUUAUGAAAAAACACAGCGUCGCUAGCAGAGCAAAAACAGAUAAAGGGAGGGGGAAGAAAGAAGGAUGAAUUAUUGAGUUGUUCCUUCUUCCGCUUGUUAUUCAGAAGGUAAGAAUGUCGAGAAGGAGAAUCUUGAGCAGGAGAUUCUGACGCACAAAGAGCAUUCUGCUGACAACCGAGAGGAUAAAGCGCUGUCGCUCCCCGUGGAGAAUAACGGGACGAAUAAGUCUGAAGCGGCGAAUCAACUAACAAGAGUGUACGAAUUUACGGAGAUGUCGGAAUUCACGAGGGCAUCGACGACGACAGUCAUUUCGGAUAAUUCGGUCUUACCUGAGACACACGAAAGGACUUUCGAACUCGAUGGGUCGACGACGACGACGACGACGACGACGACGACGACGACGACGACGACGACGAUGAUGAUGAUGAUGAUGAUGAUGAUGAUGAUGAUGAUGAUGAUGAUGAUGAGGAAAGGACGAAUCUCGAUCGAUAUCGUCACAGCUUAAUCGAGGUGAUAAACUUUUCGUUGAUGCGUUUACUCAUCUUCAUCUUGUCUCAUCCUCAUCGUCAUUUCGAACGAUAUAUAACGAUGGCUCUCGGAUACAUUCCAUAUUAUUCGCCGCAUGGUCUCUCAUAUUCUUCAUAUAAAACGACGCUCAUAACAUGUUGUGUAGAAUGCAUAAAUAAGGAGAAGGAGAGAGCAAAAAAAUCAUAAGGGAAAACGUAUUGUUGGUUAACUGUGCUUACAAAGUUGGCGGACGUAGACGGGAUUGUAUACCGUACGAGGUCAUCAGGACAUUGUCGGAAUGGGUUACGAGACGCAACGUGAUGACCCUCGUCUCGCCCCUUUCAUCAUCCCCCGAGGACGAUCGGAUUUUACACAUGUCCACCCCGUCGAUGUCAUACUCCGAAAUGUCCUCGUGAACUCGUUCCUCCUCUUUGGCCUAACGAAGAGAGAGAAAUGGAAAAGGAAGCGACAUAAGAGCGAAACGCACCAAGAUAUACUACAUCUCCUUCAACGAAACACAAAAGAAAAGAAAAUAAUGAACCGGCACGAAGAAGGAAAAUGCCAAUAACGCAAACGAACAAACAAACGUAUUCCAACGCAACGACAGUCUUCCAAGGGUGCCCCACCCGAUCACUUCGAUACAUCCAUGUGUUACUCAAUCACUACUAUAUAUUAUAGUAUUCAUAAACAAAAUUUUCAAGAAAAAUAAAAUUUAUGAAGGUACUGCGAAACGCGAAACGAAACCACGCGUUGAGAACAUCUCUGUUAGCUCCAAUAGAAAUGAAUUAUAACCCAUGCAUGAAUGGUGGACUGGUUCGAGACGAAGAUUUUUUACGUCAUUUUCGAGUUUAAUUUAUUUCUCGUUUCAUCAGUAUAAAUGAAAGAUCAAUCUAAUAUGUUUACAUUGGCAAGAGAGUAUUAUCGAAGAAGCAAUUGGUGGAUGACAAAAUAUAAAAGGUAAAAUGAUCCGCUCCUGAUGGGCAUGCAUCGAUAUCACCGAGCCAUUAUAAAGCUGUCUAUUUGAAAUCAGAAACCAUUUUCGUGCGUGUCAACCGCGAGCAACAAACGCGAUGAGCCUUAAGAGGCUCUUUCAAUCGAAAUAUUCUUAUCUCCGUAAAGCUCCGAUUGAUCCCUUUUCGAUAAAAUUCGUCAUAUUUCGAACCUUUCGCGUUCCAGUAUGAAAAAUUGAUCGACACGAUUUUGAAAAUUUCUCGAUUGGAUUUUUUUUUAAAUUAUUUUUUAUUUAUUUAUUUAUUUUCUUAAAUCACAUAACUCGUAGAUUUCUGAAAAUCAAGCAAAGGCAUUCGUCAUCUCCCGUUUUAGUUCACACGAGAUUCAUCAUUUCCCCCCCAUCUUUCUCGCUACUCGCUACACAUCUUCUCUUAUCCAUUUAUUUUUGUGUGCCGUUGAAAAAUAUGAAAAUAAAAUGUAACGAAUCAGUGAAUGAUUGAUUCUGCGUCGUCGUGAAAGAUAAACGGAAUGCAAUAUUGUUGUGUACAUACUAUAUAUACGUUUUUGAGCGAAAUAUCAGUUUUAACGGCCCGUAAUAAUGAGAGAGAAAGCAAGAGGCCUUAAAUAUUAAAUUUGGUCAUCGAAUGAAAUAACUAUAUAGUUAUUACAAAAACUUCCAUACGCAGAUGCAAUUUAUGCUUCGUCCAAGUUCCCACUACGAUACGUGUCAAACAUAACAAGGAUAUAAAGAGCACAAGUUUCAAAAAUUGUUUUUACAUUAGUCGCUCGGCGGCGAGGCCUAUACUAGAAAAUUGUUUGAAAAUAUUCAUUAGUCAGAGUUAGCGAUAGGACUACGUAACAAAAACUUGGUAUCAAUCAAACUUGGAUCUAACGAACAUACUUGGUCAAAUUAUUCGCUCGCAUUGCGACCAAUUAUUCACUGAUGAAUUAAGCGCGAGCCCCUUGAGUUUGAGCUCGUGGAAAUUUGUUGAUUUUCAAUCGUACCCAAUAGCUUUUGAGCAAGAUUUUUUCACUCUCAUAAUCGACGGAAGCAGCUUAUAAAUUAACGUACGAUGCUCGUUUUAUAUAAAGUAUUCUAUAUAAGCGAUGAAACUAAUUGAUUCACUUUGCUGAGAGAAAUGAGUCAUUGGUAAAUAACUAGCUGUUAAAAAUUACAUGGCCGUCUACGGAUAGAAAAAAAUAAAGCGCGACGCUGCCGUAAUGAAAAGAGAGCUCUGAUAGAAGGAGAGAUUGUGUAUUAAAUAAAGUGAGCCCAGUAUUGGACUUUGUUUCAUGCCAACUCGGCCAUACACUUUUUGAGGGGAAACAAAUAAUAUUCAUUUACGUUUUCAAAUAUUCUCGAAUAAGCAUAUUUUUUCUAGCAUCUAAAGAAAAUCUUUCUUCAUUUUUACUUAAUAUUUUCGCACAAAUGAUUUUUUUUUAACCAGCAACUUGACUGACGCAUGAAGCAAAAAUGCAUUCCAAGCUAGCGAUUGACAAAGAGCGAACAACAUUUAACGGAUAACAUCAUCAAACGUAUGAGCGACACUAUUGAAUUUUAUCCUUCGUGACUUGUCGUAAUAAAUAAUACCGGGGAACCGUAGUUUUGUACGAAAACACUGAAGUAGCUUUCGCCAAUUUCCAACAAAUUGUAAGGUUGUUCCUGCUGAUAAAAUAGCCAAGGAAAUUAUACGAACUUGUUGGUUCAAAUGCUCACGGCAGAAAAAAAAACGUUAUUCUAUGGUAAUAUUAUCUCGUUGUUAUAGAUGAAUGUGAGUGUGAUAUUUUAGAAAAAGGAGGUAAAAAAAGGAAAAACAUUGAAAGUUGAAAAAACCGGCGGAGCUGAUAUAGUAUAGAUGUGACCGUGUAAUUUUCCAAAAAAAAAAUCAUUGUUAAGCACCAUCUUUAUUAUAGAAUAUUACGGAAAGAAUAUUAAUAAGAAUUUUAUUCGUUUAGUCGUUGCAGCCUGAAAUUGAAUUUUUUCAAUGAUUUCUCGUAUACAGGGACGACUCGACGUUUUGCGGCACGAUGCGAAUUGCUAGAUAAGACAACGUCCUGAUGACGAAAAUUUACAGUAAAAACACUAACGCAUAUACGAUAUAUCGCUGCUGGUUACUCGGAGGGCAUGAGAAAAAAAAAAGAGUAAAUCAUACGAAUGAAUGAGCUAAAGUCAAUUCGAGUCUUCUCGUUACAAGUCAUAUUGUAUAAAUGAAUACAGUUUUUUAGUCAAAUGUUGUUAAAUAACCUGAUAAUAACUCCAUCGAGUUAUUAUCAGCCAUCGUCGCCGUGUAUCUUUUAAAAUUCUCGAAAAAAUCUAUAAAAAUAAUGAUAAUUAUUGAGAGAAUUUUUUCCAUGCCGAUGAUCUGUGAAAGAAAACCAAACUUCCCGUUAUACAUAGGAAAGUAUUUUCGACGUCAACGUUGUGAUAAUCCUAGCCAUCUAAUAUAAUUGAUAUAUAUAUAUAUAUAUAUAUAUAUAUAUAUCAUAUAAAAAUAA